GACAACGACGACACAGACUAUUCCCAGAGGGCUCAAUGGCUUCGCGCCGCCAUGCUGGGAGCCAACGACGGGCUCGUCUCCGUCGCCUCUAUCAUGAUGGGCGUUGGAGCCGUGAAGGAAGACGUCACAGCCAUGGUUCUCUCCGGGUUCGCCGGGCUAGUCGCCGGAGCUUGCAGCAUGGCGAUAGGCGAGUUUGUGUCCGUGUACACACAGUACGACAUAGAGAAGGAACAACUGAAAAGAGAAGAAGAAGAAGGUGGGGACAGUAGUGAUAAGAAAGAGAAGCUGCCAAGUCCAUAUCAGGCAGCGCUAGCUUCAGCCCUAGCGUUUUCUGUAGGAGCAGUGAUUCCAUUGGUGGGAGCUAUGUUCAUAAAAGACUAUAAAAUUAGGUUAAGUGUGGUUGCUGCAAUGGUGAGCUUGGCCUUGCUUGUGUUUGGAGGCAUAGGAGCAGUGCUUGGUCGUACUCCUGUGAAGAAGUCGUGCAUUAGGGUUCUUAUUGGAGGCUGGGCUGCCAUGGCCAUAACUUUUGGCCUCACCAAGUUGAUUGGAUUCACUCAGCCUUGA